CAAAAGACAACUCGGCACAAUUAAGGAAGACAAAAGACCGACUAAUUGGAAUUACGAUAAUGGCCUCAGGAGGGAAAGGAAUGUUGGAGAAGGGGAAGAGAUGUUUGAAAAUUGUAUAUUUCAUGGUGGCGAUGUUAGCGUCGCUGUUGGUACUAUCGACGCCACUGCUUGUGGCAAUAGGGGAUGUAUUGGUACCAAAUGUGUUGAUUUCGAGCUUCUUCUAUUUGGAAAUUUGGAGUUCUUUUCGACAGAAUCAAAUCAACUUCAUCAAUCCAGAGCAAUUCCACGUGUCAUCCACGCCACAACUUUAUCUUUUGCGAUGAAGAAGAACAUUUCUUUUAAUAUAUUUCAAUGUCAUAGAUCAAGUCAUGGUGGUGGUGCCCUUGGAGCUCGUAUGAAUCUAUUUGAUCGGUUUGCUAGAGUUGUGAAGUCAUAUGCAAAUGCACUUAUAAGCACCUUUGAAGAUCCAGAGAAGAUCUUGGAACAAACUGUGCUCGAAAUGAAUAACGAUUUGAUAAAGAUGCGACAAGCUACAGCACAGGUAUUGGCUUCACAAAAGCAGUUGGAAAACAAGUAUAAAGCUGCACAACAAGCUUCUGAAGAUUGGUAUCGUAGAGCCCAACUUGCUCUUGGAAAAGGGGAUGAAGACCUUGCUCGUGAAGCUCUUAAAAGAAGAAAAGCUUAUGCUGAUAAUGCAAGUGCCUUGAAGGCUCAACUUGAUCAGCAAAAGGGUGUGGUUGAAAAUCUGGUCAGCAAUACACGGCUUUUGGAGAGCAAGAUCCAGGAAGCAAAAUCGAAGAAGGAUACUCUGAAAGCACGUGCUCAGUCAGCAAAGACCGCAACCAAAGUAAGCGAGAUGCUGGGAAAUGUAAAUACAAGCAGUGCCCUUUCAGCCUUUGAAAGAAUGGAAGAAAAAGUUUUGACGAUGGAGUCUCAAGCUGAUGCUCUUAACCAAUUAACCAGUGAUGAGCUUGAAGGAAAGUUUGCAAUGCUGGAGACCUCUUCCGUUGAUGAUGAUCUUGCCAGCUUAAAAAAAGAAUUGAGUGGCAGCUCAAAGAAAGGGGAGCUUCCACCGCGGAGAACGACAGUUGCCAGUUCAAGUUCAACAUUGCAAUUUCAAGAUUCAGAGAUUGAGAAAGAAUUGAAUGAACUAAGGAGGCGGGCAAAUGAUUUCUAGAGAUCAUAGUCGAUCUUCCACCAUGUCCACUUAUUGUCUUUCGAAUGUUUUUCUACUCAAAGAAUGUGGCUUUGGCUUUUCAGAAGAGUUGCCUCAUCAUAAAGGCAAGCGAUAUAGGAAGUGAAAAUGGAAAAUAUAUUGAGAUAUGCCGAUAUAUAUUAUCUUCUUUCAUAUUAUUGACCUACAUUAUGGCAAUAUAGUGUAAGCUAGACUUGGCUUCAAUUUUGUAUAUUAUCACCCUAAUGUUUCAGGAGUAUAGUAGAUUGCUGUGAUUAAAUUAAAUUGUAGAUUUUAAAGUUACAUAAUGCUGGUUCUGCAUACGAUGUUAUCUGACAAAUUCUUCGCCA